GCAGCACUAACAGUGAGCCCCUGCCCAUCCAUCUCGGAUGGGAGCAGGCCUGGGAGCAGCACCAGGAUGGUCCCACAGGGCAAGAGCCCAUUUGGGGCUCUGCUCAGCCCUGACUUGCUUUUAGCAGGUGCUCUUUGGAGAUGGUCACACCUCACCCUUCUGUGCCUUAACAUAAAAGAUGGAGUUUGGCCUUAAAUAAAGCAUUUUCUAAAGAACACAGCGAAGGCACUGAUUUACAGGCUGUAACCCUCUGCUGUGGCACUGUUCUCAGACAGGGAGGGAGAUGCACGAAGCUUUUCGAAGCUUUCGCAGAGCCCCAGGUCUCCUCCCAGUCAGCCCAGCAGUCAUUUCUCUUUUCACUUUCUUUCCUAACCAUCAUUUAUUUCCUUCUGCGUGAGUUUGCAGACGAGAGGGACCGGUCUCCCCGAUUCUCUCCACCUCCUUCCCAGCCAUGUGACUGAGCACUCCCUGCAUCAAGCGAAACUCUGGAGCCCGCAGGAAAGCUCGGUUUGCUCCGCACCCGCUCCGGGGAGAAGCUGCGCCUCUCACAGCCGCAGCCGUGCUGGCCAUGGGGAGGAGCGCACGGCAGCUCAUCUCGCUGACCCUCGCCUGUGCAUUUUCCUCCUGCUUUGCUGAAGUGGCCCUGGGGGUUGAACUGUCUCCAGAAGCCACAUCCUUCCACCAAAUGGCUACUUCUGCUCAGCCACUUUCCCUUUAUCGUUCUUCACCACAUCAAAGCACCACAGCUCCUUUUCCCAGCACAGGCCCUCUUCAAAAAACAUCCAUGAGCCACAGAACAACUGUGCAGACAGCGGAGCAGCUCCAGGCAGCAUCGGCUGCAGGUGGGCUCACGGCAGGAGCAGGAGCAGGCACCGCAUCCACGGCCCCCGCGGACAGCCCCGGCACGGCCGGCCAGGCCACGGCCCCGGCGACGCCCUCGCUGACAGCUGCAGUGAAGAACACAACCAGUCCCCGUGUGUCCUCCACCAGGCAUGGCAAGGGACCACUCGUGACUGCAGGAGCUGCAGCGGUGGCCACCAACACGUCCCUGAAGCACAGGACAGUGAGUACCCAGGGGGAAGGUGCCACCACUGUCCUGGCAGCCACCAGCACGCACAGGGCCGGGCCCAGCACUCGGUCGCGGAACCAAACAACAGCCACUGGUUGUCCAACAGCCAUGGCCGUGACCAACACAACAACCGCCCAUGCAGGGACACAAACAGCCCCCACGUCCCCAGCCAGCACAGCGAGACCCUCUCCCACCCCGCGGCCCUCUGCCAUCCCCACAGGCACCUACACCGUUUCCGAUGGGAACAGGACCUGCGUCAAAGCCGUCAUGGGUCUGCAGCUGAUGGCCCGAAACACAGAACAGGAGCAGAUGGAAUAUCUGACAGUCAACCCCAAUGCGACAAAGAUAUCUGGAAGCUGUGGGAUGGUGCAGUCUGAGCUGAGCUUAACUUUUAGUGGAGGAUUUGUAAACAUCACCUUUGUAAAGCAAGCUCCAAGUUACUCUGUCACUAAAAUUGAGAGCAGAAUACAGUUAUCUUUUGAAGGUAUGCUUUACUAUGCAGCCCUAAAUGAGAAGCUGUUCACAACAACGCUGGGGAAUUCCUUUAAGUGUGCCAGCAGGCAAAUCUUUGUCUUGGAGAAGAACUUCCAGAUCCUCUUUGUUCAUAUGCAGCUGCAGGCGUUUGACAUUGUGGGUGAUCAGUUUGGAAAAGAAGAAGAAUGUUUUCCUGAUAGAAACGGCAAAGUAGCUCCCAUUGCAGUGUGCCUGACUAUCCUGGGAUUGUUUGUCAUUGUGUUUGCCACCUUCCUGAUCUCCAGGAGGAAGCCACAUAGAGGAUAUGAACGCAUCUGAGGUGCCCUUGUGCUUCCAAGUGUCUGCAGCAAGCAGAGAAGACACAGGAGUUUUUGCUUCUUCCUGGCAAUCUCCCUGUCCUGAAGCCACAUUUUUAAGUGACACGACACCAUGUGUUUACAGCUAAUGAAUGUUUCUGGAAGGAGUUUUUUUAAGGUGGGAAGGAGAGAACUCACCUUCUGCUUUAGGCUAUUCUUAGCAUCUAAUUUAUAUAUAGUCCAAAAUGAGGAGCCUAAAUUCUCUCUGUUGUCAACAAAGGAGGUCAUUCAGAUCACUUAAACCAGAUUCCUAAAAAUAGCUUAAAGCAAGCAGUAUCACUAUCCCCCAGAAAAUCCGUCAGGUUUGUUAAUGACGGUGUUUAGAUUUAUCAAAAGAUGCAAGUCUGACCUUCAGGUGAAUAAGCCAGAGGCCCACAGCUACAGACAGCCCUGCUAAGUGAGAGCUCACGGAAAGCUUUUUUCAGAACAUGGUGUGUGCCAAAAUCUCAGGGAAAUUGUCAGUAUGACUCCACUCACAAGCCAAUUCUCACCAGUUCUACACAGUUACACUUCCUAAGCUCCUGGGGCUCUCCCACUAAGCCCUUUGCAAAGGCAGAGUGGUCAUUGUGACUCUUACCCUGGUCUUGUGAGAGCUCAGGAACUCCCCACGUGCUGUUCUGACAUGGACCUGUCCCAAUGACCACACUGAGCCCAGGAAAUGUCCUCUGCUGGAGCAACAGGGAGGUCUCUUAGUCCAGGAAGAUGCCACACUCACUGGAAAUGCCUGGGAUUAAGUGACCACCACUGGGGCACCUGCAUGAGGUGCAUGAGAAAUGGAAAUCCACUGAUGCUGUAUGGUCAAGGUUUCAGUGGGAUAUAAAAGCUGGCACAGGCCUUGGACAAACUCUGGCCAAAAGGGAGUGUUCUCCAGCGUGCUCACAGCUGAGCAGCUGGAUUUUCACAUGGAAAUAAUUUGGAGUUGCUGCAAAGCACACUGAUACACUCUGUAGUCUAUUUCCUGCUAAACCAAUGAUGAAGGCAUGUCCAGCUCGUGUUCUUUGCUGUAACAAGAAAAAGUUCCUUGUCACAAAAGAUUUACAUGUGCAGAAAUGUGCACAUACACACACACACACAUGUGCCCAUGCCACACAAUCUGCUCACUGAAGCAAAUGACAUCAAAAUGAUAAGAAAUUAUGUACAAAAGCAUUUGCAAAAGAGAAAAUUAUAUUCAAUAAGAGCACAUUUCCUCCAAGGAGUUAGACUAAUGGCUUAAAUUUUACUAAUAAAAGUUUGGCCUGGGAAAGGACUGUGGAAUGGCACUCAUUAAACAAAAGAAAGACUGAAGCCAUAGACAAAAAUGCCUUGACAGUUUAAUUUGUAUCUAAACAAAAAGGAAAUGCUGGGAGUUAAUUUAAUUUCUAUGAAUAAUGGUCCAAAUCCUGUCCAGUUAUUAAUGGUGAUGAAACCUCACUGGAUUUUAACUGGAUAAAAUUGAUGGUCAUAUCAUGUUAGAUAUUCUCUUAAGUAUUUUAAAAAUACUUAUGAUAUUUUACUAGUAUUUCAUUAUUGCAAGUUUACUUAUUUAAAUGAAGAAAGAAAAUAAAUUCUUCCAUUCUAUGAAUUAAUUAGAGAUGUUGAUCUGUGUGAAGCAGGAAACAUGACCAUACUUGUCUAUAAUCAGUAUAGACAAGUAUAGUAUAAUAUGUAGCUGUGGAAGUAAUUAACAUUCUCUAGAAAUGUUCCCUUUGAGUCUGAAUGAAUCAAUAAAUAAGAAAGAUAAAGAUAAUUUUGAAGCACUUUUACACUUGGAGAAACAUCAGAACCAGCUGUGAGCUCAGGAACAGCUGAAUACAUUUAUAAGGUAAAACAGCACAAGAAAUAAGACACCAGACUUUCAAGCUUUGAAUACAGGCACCAUGACUUGGACUGUAUUCAGCCGAAUACUCAAAUUAAAAUGUAAGUAUUUCAAUUAUUCUUUUGCAAAGGGCUCCAGCACUGUUCAUAAUGCUUAGUGAGCUUUAUUGAGCUCAUUUUCCAUUCCCCCACCUCCCCUUAGCAGACAAUCAGCCACUGCACUCAGACCUUGGACCUAAUAAGAUCCCUCUAAUUCUCAGGGUUACUUAGUACUAUGAAUCUGUUGUUUAGAAAGCAGAUUUUUAUACUCAAUUAAAGCAUUCACCUUUUUAAAAUAAAAUGACAUGUAUGGAAGGAAAGGUAAAUGGAUGAAGAGCUUCCAUUUGAAAAUGAGCCUGUGCCUGCAGUAGGGAUGUCACUGUCCCAGUCUGUUACAUGAGAACAUUUUAACAAAAGCUGCCUAAAAAGCUCAGCACAUGGUCUGGCCCUAAGCUGUUCUGCUCAGGGAUCAAUAGACAUCUUUCCCUUGUCAAAGCUGAGUCCCAUUUCAUGUGUUGGGUUGUGUAAUCUGUGUUACUUCUACUGACAUGGAUAUAGCAUUUGCUUGUCCUGUUCUGAAAAAUUGCUUUAUGUUAAUAUUCAGUCUUUUAAAAAAGUCUGAUAUCAGCAUGAGGACAGAAAAGAGUUACUAAUGACUGCUAUUUCUGUGGUUAAUAUUGUGACACCUGGCAUUUUCACUAGUGAUGCCUGAAUAAUGUUUUCCUUCAUAGUUUUUUUUUUUUUUUGCUUUCUACAGUGAAUCAACGUGUUGGUAUUGAACAAUAUUUGGAUUCAGAUUUAUCUUAUUUGUUCUUAUGCUUUUUAUUGCUAUUUUUUGUUUGCUAUUUUUAUGAAGCUGCAUUCUGCCAUUUGUACAUGAAUGAUGCUCUGGGCUUGCUGUAACUGGCACUGGUGAAGCGCACAUGGUGCAAACCAAUGAAACGAUUGGAUGUUCCCAGGAAAUGCUGCCAGCAUGCAGCAAAAUUAAUCCAAUGGAGUUAGUGCUUUACAGCAGUAGAGCAUCCAUUGGAGAAAUCCUCACUGCAUCAGCAGAUCCCAGCCUUGAAGUGCAACCUUUCUCCCAGCUGUGACUCAGCCUGCAUCCUGUCACCUCCAUCCCUGAUCCCAAAACCCAACCAGCCUGCAGCAGGGAUGUGUCAGCAUAGCAGGGAGUAUUGCCUCUCCAGAUUUAAUGCUGAAUUAGAAUCAGACAGCCCAGCUGCUCCCUCAGCUGCCAUGUGCAGCUCUAAAAGCUGAUGUUCGUGUUUAUUUUCUGCCAGAAUAUAGGAAUAUAUUUAGCUGGCACUUUUUUAUCUAAUGGAGUGGCUUUGAGGUCUCCCUCCUACUGGGAAGACUAUAGGGGUAACUCCUCUUGGUGUUGCCAGGCUUGGUUUUUUAAACAUCUUGUUUGAGGAAGUAUCUUAAUCAAAAAGUCCCUAAAAGAACACCAUAUAAAAGGAGGAUAUUUGGUAAACUGCUUGCACACUAGGUGGGCUAUAAUGGCCAUACCUGGGGCACCGGGGCAGUUUUGUCUGCUGUGGGAGAAGACAAGGCUGCAGCUGGAUCCCAGAGUGAAUCAGCAACUCCAGCUCACUUCUUCCCCCAGCUGCAGGCUCAGACCAACCCAGCCCUGAACCAGAAGGGGCUGAUCAGGGUGAUGUGAUGCACUGAUGAUGUGAUGAAUCCACCAGGGAAGUGAAGCUUAACUUCUGCACAAGCGUGUGCUGGUCAGGGGCUGUGGGGCCAUCACAGGGAUUAGGAGGUGAGCGCAUCCCCACAUCCCGUUGGCUCCCUGGGGCUCUGCUGCAGCUCCCAUGUCAGACCAUCCCCUGUGCUCUCUGCACACCCACGACAGAAUGAGGGUAUCCCAGAAAUAACGAUGUCAUGCUUAGACAAGCAACUGAGGAGUAUAAAAAGCAGGGUUUAAUUUCUUUCAGUCUUUUCUGUUCUCUGACAGCUGAGAAGCAAAAUGGACAAGCACAAAUUAAGAAACAGCUGUUAGUUCAGUUGAAAGAGGAAGGGAGAUUAGUUUGGCAUCUUGAGUAUCUAAGUAUGGCUUGGCUGAUCACUUCUAGCUUUCUAUAAUGUAUGGCUGCUAAAAAUAACUUGCUAUGAGAAGUAAGAUAUACUCUUUAUUUUUCUAUUGUUGGUGUUUCUAUACAAUAAAGGCUAUAUUUAAUCAU